AACAUAGCUGGAUCUUCAACGCCACCAAGAUCUACACAUCUCACAACAGCAGUGCGUUCAAAACACCAACUCUAAUGUGCAUCCCAUCUGCCGCUGUUUGGCUUGUACAAAGCGAGCCUGAGCCUGAUUCAUGACGUUAAAAAGAUCUUGCUGUACUUGAGAAUGGUCUGAAGUGAUUUGUGUGGGACAGAAGACAUCCCGUGCGGGCUUCCCUGUGGAGAUCGCUCAAACACUUGCAUCUGGAUGCGAAGACCGGUCUAGUUAUCUGUCUCUCACCUCCUCCUGCAUUUUUCUUUUAUUUUUUUUAGUUUCUUGUCCCUUGUUUUUUGGUGGCUAGAAGGGAAUCAUGGGGGGAGCAGUUAGUGCUGGUGAGGAUAAUGAUGAAUUAAUAGACAACCUGAAGGAAGCCCAGUAUAUCCGCACAGAACACGUCGAGCAGGCCUUUAGGGCCAUAGACCGUGGAGAUUACUACCUGGAGGGCUACAGAGAAAAUGCCUACAAAGAUCUAGCAUGGAAGAAUGGGAAUAUACACCUCUCGGCACCGUGUAUAUAUUCGGAGGUGAUGGAGGCUUUGAAACUCCAGCAGGGUUUGUCUUUUCUUAACCUUGGCAGUGGCACGGGAUACCUGAGCACCAUGGUGGGCCUGAUUAUAGGUCCGUUUGGAGUAAAUCAUGGCGUUGAGCUCCACAACGAUGUUGUUGAAUAUGCAAAAGAAAGACUCGAUGAAUUCAUUAAAAACAGCGACAGCUUUGACAGGUUUGAGUUCUGCAAACCACACUUUGUGGUGGGGAACUGCCUGGAGAUUUCAUCAGACAGUAAUCAAUAUGAUCGUGUUUACUGUGGGGCUGGAGUUCAAAAGGACCAUGAGAACUACAUGAAGAUCCUGCUAAAAGUUGGUGGGAUUUUGGUCAUGCCAAUUGACGAUCAGCUGACUCAAAUCACCAGAACUGGUCAGAGCUCCUGGGAGAGUAAGAACAUCCUGGCGGUGUCAUUUGCUCCUCUUGUUCAGCAGAAUAGGACUGACAGCAGCAAGCCUGAGGCUGUGGUGCUACCCCCUUUGGCAGUAAGAAGUCUUCAGGACCUAUCACGAAUCCACAUUCGCCGAACCCUCCGCAACCUGACCAAUGACGAGAGCGGCAGCCGCAAUUCCAUGCAAAGAAUGUCUCAGAAGCGCAAACGCAGGCGCUGUCGUCGGCGUCGUCGAAUCAACACCUACGUCUUCGUCGGGAACCAGUUGAUUCCUCAACCCAUGGACAGCGAGGAAGACGAAUGCAUUGAAGAGGAGAGCAAAGAGGAAGAGCAGGAGAAAGACAUUGAGCCUAUCAAACCCGAGGAACCACAAGUCAACCACCUGAGAGACAAAAUAUUGAGUCUGCCGCUACCGGAGUCGUUGAAAGCGUAUCUGCUGUACUACCGUGAGAAAUAACGUGGUGGUUUUCCUUCUCCAACUAAUUCCAACCCCCAAUUUGAUGUUUUUUUGGAAUAAUAUAGCAUAAUUUAAACAUUUAAAUGGGGCAAAGCUGCAUUCGGAAAAGACGUUGGAGUUUAUUGUGCUUGCUGUGUUGUUCUGAUGACUCAUAACCCAAUCUUUAAACAAAAUCUUCACAUUUUGAAUGUGAUUUUUGAGUAUGAAGGACCUAAUGAGGGCCUUUGGGGGUUGAGAAUCUUCUAGCUCACCUUGUUUGUGUUCAGAGAAAGAGUUUGCUAAAAUUGUUGGGUAAAUGGAAUGGAAGAAUUGCGAUUUUUCACAGGCUUGUAUAGUAAAACCCAAUAUUUGAUGAAACCAGUUAUGUCAGCUUGCUUUUUUCCAUUGUAGGGAGAAUGAAAAACUGUAGUCAAUAUUUUUCAAUUGAUUUUUGCCUUCUUUGAGUCUCUGACUUGGGAGUUUUUGCUGUUUAUGAUGCUAAUGCUUUCAGUAUCUCUUCAGGCUGUUUUAGUGAAGUUCCAUCUAGAGAUGCUUUUUGGCUGGUGUUUCACAUUUGUACUUUUUUUUUUGUUUAGUUUUUUACAUUCUAGUCAUAUUUGUAAUUACUGAUAUUGAGUUGUCUCUUAAUAGAUGAUGUAAUUCUUUGGUAGUUGUUUAUUUCGUCUGUUGGCCUCGACCUGAAGACGUACUGCUCCACUUUCUGCUUGUGAUCAUAAAACGUAAAAGACGUCACUGUUUGUAAUCGGAGUCGUAAACAACUUGUUUGCAAUAUAUUGUCAGCAUAAGAAAUAUGUGGCUUAAUGUCAGUUAUUGAAAUGAUCUCUUGACUCUGUAUACAGAAGAGGGGAAUUUUCUGUCGCCAUUGGUCGGCAAAAAGAUUGUUCUGCCCCAAAUUACCAUGUUUUUGGGAUGUUCGAACAAACACUUUUUUGGGGGAAUCAAGCCUACUCAUAGUUGCCUCUUCAGAUAAGACUGUGAUAAAAGGAAGUAUUUUAACAAGUAGGCCAAAAACAUACUUGCAUGUACUCUGAUGCGAACACUUAGCCAAUGCAUUGCACACUCACAGUCCGGUUAAAUGUGCUUAAUGUGCGGCACUCAAGGGGGCGAUAGAGUUACCUUCUAAAGUCUGUGCCAUUACACUGGGUGUUAUUAUUCAGGUAAGUUGCUUUAAAUAUAUUGACUUUAACUUGUUUAGCAAUGUUCUCUUCAAACUGUUGCUUCACCAUGACAGUAGUUGACGUUAAAGAGAAAACUUGCCAUAGAAUCGGACAUUUCAUGCUAACGUUCACUAUAGCGGCCCCUGUGGCAACGUUGUGACACAAAAACGCAUGCAAUUCGAACGCUUGUGUAAAGUUUGUCAUUACUAGACAUAAAUAUUGUUAACAAUAUUUAUUAACAAUAACAGAUUGCAACACAUUGUGUCUCCCAUUAUUUAUAUUGAAAUGAUGGUGACAGGAAAACGAGAAUGUACCAAAAUUAUGCUUUAAAUUUGGCCUAACAGAUUUACAAUGUAUGUUAUAGAUUGUUCGUCAAAUUAAUAUUUCUUCUAAUGCAGUUGUCUUCUCUGUCCUAUAUAUACCUUCUGCAAAAUAGGCUAUAAAGUUAAUAUACAAGUGCAAAUAGUGUUUUCAAAAAUAUAAAACCUACAGGGCAGGGCAGAAAUAUUUUUUAUACUAAAUAGUUUGAACACCAGCAUAAAAACAAAUAAUGUAUAAAUAAUGUUUUGUUUUGAAACCAAACUGCAUGCCCACUAGCUUUAAUUUCAAAAUGACUUAAAAGCUCACAAAAGGAACACCACAAUGUUUUUGUGCUUUCAUUGUUAUUGAGACAUUAGUACAACACAUUUAGGCCAGAUAGUUUACUUUGACCAUUUCUGCCAUAUUUUGAGUUCAGAACUCAAAUACUAAAAUGUAUCCAACCCUUUUAGGUAUUCAGAGGGUAAACCGUAAGCAAUACUUAGGCCAUGGAGGGUCUGGUUAUAUUUAUCAGAGUUAUUCACAUUGCUCAUUGGUCCAAAAAUGCACACACUCGCAAGGUAAGAGCAUCCUAGUGAACCUGUCUAUUGAGUUUGUUAAAUAAGGGGCUACUAGAACAUUCCACAAGGUUUAAUUCCUUGAGAUCAACAGCAUGUUUUCUUACAGACGGUCCCUGCUGUCGGUACAUAGGAGUGUCUUUUUUCAAAUGUAUCACUGACUGUUUGUAAUUUGAUGCUUUGUUUCUCAACCAUCUUUUCAUUAAAUAUAUUUAUAGCCAACCUGUGAUGUUUUU